ACAAAAGCUUCUUAAAAGUGACGAGAACUGUGUAGAAAAUCAAAGGGAAGAUACUUUGGAAAGAUAUAAAAAAUUGAUGACAAUGGACGAUGAUACUUGGAUUUUAAAGAAUGAAGUUGGAGUAAUAGGAAAAGUUGUUGAAUUUUUAGAAGAUGACAAAAAGGAUCACAUAAUAAACGAAGUGGCAUUUAAUCACCCUCUUCUAUCUUGUGUUAUUGAUUUGGACAUAGUGAGCAAGGUGACAACAAAAAUUUUUUUAUCUAAUGAAUUAAAUGAGAUGAUGAAAUGUAAAAGAGUCACAUCCUGGAAAAUUGUGGAUGAUGAAAUGAAAAAAUGGGUUGCUAGUCUCAUGAAGACUGAUGAUAUGGAAAUUCCUUCAAGGUUAAAUCAUGAAGAAUGUGCUUACAUAGUAAACAUAUAUACACAUUUACAAAAAAUUUGGGAAUCAAAAUUGUUUGAUAAUCGACAACAAGGAGAUGGAGAGAUAUUGGAGGACACAUACAUUCAUGAGUUUAUGCAUCACAUAAUUUAUACCACUAUUCGUGACCUUUGCCCUUCAUUAAUAAGGAUUGAAUGGGGAACAAAACAAUCCAAAGAAGGAAAUGAACGAAUUGAACAAAAUUAUGACCAAAUAUUUUUUAAAAUGUCAAAAUCUGCAAAAAAAACAUAUCAAAGCAAUUUUGUAUCUAGUAAAAGACCUGAUUGGAAAGCAUCAUAUUGUAUCAAUGAUCAUAAAUACGAAUUUUUAUAUGGAGAGGCUGCUGGCCCUCCCUUUUUAAUGAAAGGCGAUAGAAGAAAAAUCAUUCGAUUUCUUCUUCGUUGUAAUAGGACAUUAGGUAAGGUACUAAAGGAGCAUUUUCCAUCCAACACUGACGAUGAUUUAAUAACAUAUGCCAGACAGAUUCCCCGAUUUGGAAUGCUUCUUUAUGGUACUUGUUUAAAGAUUGUUUACUAUGACACCUCUUACAAAAUCAGGCAAGUUCUACCACUAUUGAAUAUGAAAUUACCUCUUGAUUCUAAUUCAGACCAGACCUUGAUUGAGAAUUAUCUUUAUGGGAUGUUGAUUUUCCAACAGGCUAUCAAAGAAACAAAUAAUAUUAACAGCAGAAUGAAUGUUUUUGACAAUAAAAUUUAUAAUAUUGUUGUUGAAGAAGAUGUAGAUAUUCUGCGAUCACCAAAAAGAACGAAAACAAACAAUACAGAUAAUACAGAUACUGCAAUAAUUACAGUUGAAGAAUAA